GUGAAUAUUGACCACGAACAACACACACAAGAACAAGGCGCGAGGCGGAGGCAUGGCAAGACGGGCGGGAGACCAGUCCACAUCCAGCCAGACUUUGCGCAUCAUACAUUCGCCUUUGACGGCUUCCUGCGCUCGCAACACCGCUUCGACGUCGCUGUCCGCCGCCCAAUAUGCCUCUCGUUUCGCCAAAGCGGCACCUGUCCCAAUGGCCCAGCGUGUCCAGACAAGCACAUCAAUGCCUCUGCGCACAAUCGACAAGGGCGACUCAUCUUUGCUGUCUGCAAGCACUGGCUGCGUGGUCUACAUGCGACACGUCCAAGAGUGCAAGCAGUGGAAGGUGCAAGGGACCUGUGGCAAUGCAGAAGACUGUCUGUAUGCUCAUCCUGCGCUAGGCUCACGUAAGGUGUCUGCGACUGGUACAAACUAGGCUACUGCCCUCUUGGUCCGACUGCAAGCGUAAACAUAUUCGUCGCAAGCCAUGUAUGUGCUACUUGACGGGCUUCUGUCCAUACGGGCUCGACUGCAAGGAUGCGCAU